AUGGUAGGAGCCUUUUGCGGUAGGAAACCAUAUCCUACUCAGAACGUUCUUGGUGCCAUUGAUUUUGAUUUGAAGUUUACUUACAUACUUUCCGAUUGGAAAGGCUCCGCUCAUGAUGCACUAGUAUUAAAAGAUGCUAUUGAAAGACCAAAUGGCUUAAAGAUACCUCAAGGAAAAUAUUAUCUUGUAGACGCUGGUUACUCAACAAAGGUGGGAUUUAUCGCACCAUGUCGUGGAGUUCGAUACCAUCUUCGUGAGUAUAGUGAACGUUCACCCACAGACUAUAAGGAACUAUUCAAUCUUAGAUAUUCAUCAUUGCGUACUUCUAUAGAGAGAGCAUUUGGUUCCUUAAAAGGUCGUUUCAAAAUUCUAGCAUCAAGACCUUUUUUUCCUUUCUGCACCCAAGUGGAUCUUGUACUUUUUUGUAGUAUUCUACAUAAUUUUGUUAUUACAAAUGGUGGAGAUGAUUUGAUUCUUUUUGAAGAAGAAUGGGUUAAUCAAAACCUUUCUCAAGUGGGACGGUCAGUGAGAGAGCAAAGAGAUGAGGCAAGAGAGUGGUUGCAAAAGCGUGAGCUAAUAGCCAAAGAUAUGUGGGCUAAUAGAAGGGUGUAA